UGUUUUUACAGAAAGAGCCAUGAAAGAUCACAGGAUUGAGCGUGCAGUGGGGGUCUGCAAAAAAGUGGUCAGCACCUUUUCAUUCAGUUGGAAAAAAAAGAGAGAGCUGAAAAAGGCACAGAUAGACCUCAAACUGCCAGACCACUCCUUAAAGACCGAGUGUCCAACCAGAUGGGGAUCUAGGCAGGCCAUGGUUUCCAGAGUCCUUGAGCAGCAGAAGGCCAUUGCCCAUGUCCUCUCCCAAGACAAAGGAACUAGGCACCUCAUCCCCUCAUGGCAGGACAUCGAUGUCCUUGAGGCCAUCAACAAGACCCUGGGACCUCUGGUUGAAUUCACUGAUGCACUUUCUGGAGAGAAAUAUGUGAGUGUGUCUUUAAUAAAACCAACACUCCACCUAUUUAACAACUCAAUCCUGGCUGAGCAAGAUGAUGACACAGACCUCUCAAAAUGCAUCAAGAGGAGAAUACUGGAGUACCUAAAUGAAAAGUAUGGUGACUCACCAACACAAGAGUUGCUUGACAUGGCCACUGUCCUGGACCCAAGGUUCAAACUGAGAUAUGCAAGCGAGGUCAGCCAAGAAACCAUCAAAGCCAGACUGACAAUGGAAAUGAAGUCCAUCAUGGAGGCUGCAGUGAUGGGGGCACCCAUUGGUAACACGGAGGUUGCUGAUGAUGGUGCAUCGAACCAAACGAAGAGGAAAAGGGGCCUAAGCAGCUUCUUUAAGGCCCCUCACAGCCCAGCAGCUCCAGGUGCAGAACAUACUCUUCAACUGGACCAGGCCAUAGCUUGUGAGCUUCAGGGGUACCUCCAGGCUGGGACCCUGGACACAGAGGAAGACCCACUGGGGUGGUGGAAGCUAUCACAGAACCUCUUCCCACGACUCUCCAUCCUGGCAAAGAAAUAUCUUUGCAUCCCAGCCACAAGUGCCUCAUCAGAAAGGGUCUUCAGCACUGGUGGAAAUGUUGUCAACUGCCUGCGUGCAUCCCUAAAGCCUGACCAUGUUAAUAGGCUGGUGUUUUUGGCUAAAAACCUUUGAAAGGUUGCAGGAACCAUGUUUUGUUGAGUCAUUUUAAGAUUGUAUGGGACUCUGGCCACCUAGUUUUUAUUUAUUUCUUAUAAAAGGUACUACUUUCAGUGUUUUAUUUUAUUUUUGUUCAGGCAGCAACUUUAGUUGACAUACCUCAAUGUCAGUUUGAUGCAAUUGUGCAUUGUGUGGCUACACAGCUUGCCUUGAUGUUUGGUUAUUUGUAUGCAUAUAUA